UCUGGUCACACUUACCAAAACAAAACAACAAAAACCUUUUUGUGUACGAAAAUUGAUAAAUUUUUUGUGCGCCCAAAACAAAAGAAAUGCCCGUGGAAUCCGGCAGUAGCAGCUCCGAAUCCGGCAGCUCGUCCUCCAGCGGAUCCAGCAGUUGUUCAGACACCGCCAGCAGCUCGGAUACGGAUUCCAGCAGUGCGACGCCGGAGGAGAAGCCCACCCAGAACUCCACCACCAAAACACAAACGCAAUCGCACCAACAACAAACGAAUUCCGGGAAUGCGGCCAGGCGGAAGGCUCCUCCGUCCUCGACAUCAGCCACCGAGGAGAAAUCCAAGGUGGGAUACUCACUAACCGACGAUGAUGAUGAGGAUGAACCAUCGGCGCCGCCCGUCAAGAAGACCUCUCGCACGCUGGGCAGUUCCACGGUAACAGCAGCGGCUGCAGCUUCAGCCGCCAGAAGAAAACCUCCAGCCAACAAGGCCACUGGAAACCAGACAAACAAAGCCACUAAUCCUCCACAGAGGACGGCGGGAAACACAAAUCGAAAUCAUGCGAAUGGUGAGGGAAAGAGACCCUCGCUGUCGUCCUCCUCGAACAGCACAGAUGACUCGAUGAAGAUCGUGAAGAAUGGUCGAAAAGUUCCCCUCAAAAUGGCCAGCACUGUUAAACCCAAACAACCGGUUCGGGGCAAGCUGCCGCCGGCUAAGAAGAACGGAGGACCACCGGCGAUCAGUAGUAGCUCCGGCUCAGAGAGUGGUUCCAACUCUGGGGAUGAAUCCAGUACGGUGAGUGACUCGGAGGGUACUGAUUCCAGCAAUUCGUACAGCUCACAGCCAGCAAAAGGAGCUGUUAAAGGUAAAAAACCUGGACCAUCGAAGCUCCAGAACACGGACAGUGAAGAGGAGCGCAAAGACAAAGCCAAUCCCAUGAGGAAACUGACCAGAUCCCUCAGCAUGCGGAGAUCGAAGCAGCAACCCAAACUGGAAUCGGAUACUGAUUCCGAUGGCGACCUGGACGAUGACAAGACACUAAUCUCGAAAAGUCCCACAAAGAAACCCGCGCCCCCGAAUCUAAACAGCACCAAAAGCAAGGUGAAAAAGGAAUCUAUUGGCAUCAGUAGUGGCGUACUGAGCGUCAUCAAGUCUCGACCCGUGUCGCCAAUAACCCAAACGGAAAAGAAGUGUCCCAUCGAGGGCUGUGACUCGUCCGGUCAUUUGAGUGGCCAUUUGGACAGACACUUCUUGCCGGAAGCAUGUCCCAUAUACCACAACAUGUCCGCCUCCGAGUGCAAGGAGAGGGCCAACGAACGGAAGCUGCGGAAUGAGCAGCGUCUCAAGAUGCCCGUCAACAUAGUGACGGCUCCGGGAAACCAGCACGCCAAUACGAAGACCCUCUCACCCGAGCAGCGGGAGUUCCUAAACAAAAUACGCGAAUCGAGAGCCAACUUUCGUCCAGCAAAUAAUAAUUUCCUGGACUCGAAGGUUAAGCUAGAAAAAGACUGCACGGAUGAGGAUCGUGAACCGAAUCUUUCCGGCCUGGUGCCCGACUAUGAUCUGCAAUUAUUUAGGGAGGCCCAGGCCCAGGCUUCCGAAAGAAUAGAGGACGAGCUGAAGGAUCUCCCAGUAGGAAAGGGCAUCAAAUACAUCAGCAUGGGCAAGUACAAGAUGAAGGUGUGGUAUCAAUCGCCCUAUCCGGACGACGCCGCCCGCUUACCCAAGAUGUAUAUCUGCGAGUUUUGCCUGCGCUAUCAGAAAUCUGAGACGGGCAUCAAGCGGCACGCCCAGAAGUGUGUUUGGCGGCAUCCGCCAGGUGAUGAAAUCUAUCGCAAGGGUAAACUGCAAGUGUGGCAGGUGGAUGGCAAGCGUUACAAGCAAUACUGUCAGCAUCUUUGUCUCUUGGCCAAGUUCUUUCUGGACCACAAGACCCUGUACUAUGAUGUGGAACCGUUUCUCUUUUAUAUCAUGACCCUGGCUGAUGUGGAUGGUUGUCAUAUUGUUGGUUACUUUAGCAAGCAUAUUCCAUUUUUACAGGAAAAGAAUUCUUUUUAUAAUGUUUCGUGUAUUUUAACAUUGCCGCCAUAUCAGAGGAAGGGAUACGGGAGAUUACUCAUCGAUUUUAGCUAUUUACUGACACGCGUGGAGGGUAAAAUCGGAUCUCCGGAGAAGCCCUUGUCCGAUCUGGGUCUCAUCUCGUACCGCUCCUACUGGAAGGAUGUUCUUCUGGACUAUCUGUGCAAUCGAUCGGGAAACUCUCUCUGCAUCAAGGACGUUUCACAAGAAAUGGCAAUAUACUCUUACGACAUAGUCAGCACUCUCCAGGCCCUUGGAAUGAUGAAAUAUUGGAAGGGAAAGCACAUAGUCCUCAAGAAGCAGGAUGUCCUAGACGAGUAUGAGGAACGGGUGAAGCGAAGAGGAACCUUCCCCAAGAUCGACGAUUCAUGCCUAAGAUGGCAGCCAUUUAUCCCUGUCCAACCAACAGCAUCACCAUAGCACCUUGGUUGGAAGCAUGCCCGGGCAUGCUUUGCGGAUGCCGAUGACGAGUCCUUGGAUAAAAAGUCCUGAUUUUAGAAUUUUUUAGCCUUAGUCCUAUUGCAAUGUUGGUGUAGCGAUUUUACAUUAUUUUUAUUACAAACCAUAUUUAUAUCUACACCUUAGACCUUAGAUAAUAUUCGAAACAGCAAUACUUUACUUCAACUACACCAAGCUCCACAACUGGAAUGGGAAUGAUGUCUGUGUGGGUGGGAACUCUAUGCCAAUAUUUUUUUAUUGUUCUAUUUUAUAUCGUAAGCCCAAAGUAUUUGUAAAUGAAUGUCUGUACUUGUUAGUAAUUCUAUUAGCAAUAACUAGUAACCUAGGUCCUUAGUAAAAUUGAUUAUAAUAUACUCGGAUUACGAUCAAA